UUAUUAUUAGUCGUAAUUCUGUGGAAUUAGGUAGUGUUAAACCACUGGUUUUAAGACAUUUGUGAGGAUUUCCUUUUAUGCUUACUUGUUUGAAAAAAAUCUUUCCAAGUGAAAUUUUUCUGCUCUAUAGGCAAAUAAUUUUACUUUCCUUUUUUCAAAGUCCAAUUUUUGCAGUGCAAUUGCAACUGUUCCGGACUAAACUAUUGUUAUCGUUUGCCGUUGGCCGUCUAAGGCGUGUCACUUUAAUUUUAUGUAAAAGUCUCGACGUUGGAAAGAAAGUCUGCUCCCCGAAGAAGCGAUUCCGUGUUUUUGUUGGGUUAUUUCUGGUUCCAAUCUUGGCUCAGCAUUGGAAGCACUGGGCCGACGAGCGUCGGGGUGGCUCAACCAGCUCGACGACUGUGCCGCGUCGUUAGCAUUUUUGUGGGUGUAUAACCUCUUCGUCUUGUUCCGCUCCUCAGACUCACUUCCAGAUUCCCGAGAGCACUACCAGCGUGCCCAACGAUGGCGUCCUACACCGCCUACAGCGGCUACACCAAGCCGCCGCUGUCUUACGCCGCCUCGUACUACGACGGGAACCAGCCCAACACGGCGCCCUACACGGCGCCCUACACGGCCUACUCGGACUACUCGGACUACAAGGACUCGGUCUACGAGGAAAAGAAGAUCAUCGAGAAGAGGAAGCGCAAGUACGCCAUUUGCUGCGAGGUGGUGGCCCUGAUCAUCGGCUUCAUCGGACUCAUCGGCGUGGCGGCGGUUACGGGCCUGCCCAUGUGGAGGGUGACGGCCUUCAUCGAGGAGAACAUCAUCGUGAUGGAGACGCGGUGGGAGGGCUUGUGGAUGAACUGCUACAGGCAAGCCAACAUCAGGAUGCAGUGCAAGGUGUACGACUCGCUGCUCUUCCUGCCGCCCGACCUGCAGGCGGCUCGCGGCCUCAUGUGCGCCUCGGUGGCCAUCACCGUCUUCGCCCUCGUCACCUCGGCCGUGGGCAUGAAGUGCACCAAGGUGGUGGACCACCGCGCUCGCACCAAGCACAUCGUCCUGGUGGCCGGGGGCUCCCUCUUCCUGCUGGCCUGCCUCACCACGCUGAUCCCCGUGUCCUGGACGGGCCACAGGAUCAUCCAGGAGUUCUACAACCCGUUGCUGAUCGACGCCCAGCGGCGGGAGCUGGGCGAGGCUCUCUACAUCGGGUGGGUGACUUCGGCCUUGCUCUUCGCCGCCGGCGUGAUCCUGCUGUGUCGUCACGCCCCGCGCACCCAGGAACCCGAACAGAGGGUCAUAUACAACCCCGCCUCAUACGCCUAUCAACCCGGAUCCGCGUACCAGCCGCCGAGCAACUACCAGCCAGCGUACACCUACCAACCUGCCUACUCCGCACCCCCACCAGGCUCUGUAGCCUACACGCCAGUCCAGUACUAGUGAAGGAAACAGCUCAGAAAGUGUGAUUAUUUUGUUUGUGCUUGACAAAAGAUGCGGCAUUCUAAUUUAAACUGACUUGGAAAAGGCUGAAAACUAAAAGCAUUUCAGAGUCUAUAAUUUUCUCUGGAACUGAUUGAUUUAAUAACCUGCUCAAAAUGAGCAUUAGUGCCUUUGUGUACUAUAAUGAUAAUGCUUUUCGAUUGUAUACUGUACAUAGACUUUUCUUGCCAGGCUCUGUUGAAAUCCUCUUUGAUUACAUUAUUAUGCACUGAGUCUUUUUUCAGAGGUCAUGCAACACCUCCAGAAGAUUUCUUUUUUCAACUGUUGAGGAUUUACGAAUUGUACAUAGUUGA